CCGGAAAGAAAACGGAAAAAGGAAAGUUAUCCCACUAGCGCUACGGUGGCCUGCAGGAGUCUUUGAACUGGUGCAAAAGAAUUUUUCAUUUCUGAGACUCGCAGUCGUGAUGUCUUUCAAGAGGGAAGGGGACGAUUGGAGUCAACUCAAUGUGCUCAAAAAACGAAGAGUCGGAGACCUCCUGGCUAGUUACAUCCCAGAGGAUGAGGCGCUCAUGCUGCGGGAUGGACGUUUUGCUUGUGCCAUCUGUCCCCACCGACCUGUACUGGACACCCUGGCCAUGCUGACUGCCCACCGUGCAGGCAAGAAACAUCUGUCCAGCCUGCAGCUUUUCUAUGGCAAGAAGCAGCCAGGAAAGGAAAUGAAGCAAAAUCCAAGACAGCAGAAUGACUUGAGGGAAGAGACCAAAGCUGAGGCUCCUCUGCUAACCCAGACACGGCUUAUCACCCAGAGAGCUCUGCACAGAGCUCCCCAGUAUAAUAGUCGCUGCCGCCGGAAGUACAGAUCAGAAGCCCCUGGUCCCUCUGUCGGUUCCCCUAUGUUUCCCCCAGAGAUCCAACUCCAAAGUGGGAAGACUAGUAGGGAACCUGAGCCUGGCGCUGGCCCACAGGCGAAGGAAUCAGCAACUGUCUUAACCCCGGCACCUAUGAGCCCCACAAGAAGACGAGCCCUGGAUCAUUAUCUUACCCUUAGAAGCUCUGGAUGGAUCCCAGAUGGACGAGGUCAAUGGGUAAAAGAUGAAAAUGUUGAGUUUGACUCUGAUGAGGAAGAACCUCCUGAUCUCCCUUUGGACUGACACCUUCUUUACCCAUUAAUUCCCAAAUAAACUACGACAGGUGCUGGCAAC